GGCCACUAUGCAAACCAAUGGUUCUAUCGAGACAGAAGGCAGUAUCCCAGCAGACUGUCUACGUCAACCGAUUCAAGGCGAUCACAUUCUCCAAGGAGAUAUGAACCUCGACGAAGAAAGCCUUCCCCAAGGAGGGGAUCUGGCUUAGAAGAUCAAGUGGCUGACCUAGCGAAGGGUAUGACGACGAUGAAGGAAUAUUUUGAUCAGGUCCGGGCCAAGAAGGAGGAGAAGGCCCGGCGGAAGAUUGAGAAGGAGCGCGCCAGGGAAGCAGAAAGAUUAAGAGUUGAAGAGGAGGAAGCACGUCUGGCGCAGGAAGAAGCACGGCGAGAAGCGAAGAAGCGUAAGAAAAAAGAGAAGGCCAAGCAGGAAGCCGAUUUGAAAGCCGCUUUGAAGAAAGAUGUCACCAUGCAUGCUGCUAUGCUAAUGACCGAGAUCAAGGACGAUUGGUUACAGCAGUGGAAGACCACAGUUCUCCCAACACUCGCAGGAGGGGAACUAGACGUGAAGGGGAAGAAACAGGUCAAACAUGAGAUUGAGGAAGGGAGUGGGAUGGAGUGCAGCAGUCAGGCAGCUGACAGGUGUGUCUGAACCGUAGCUGGCCUGUACGGAGGGACGGCGACCGUACGUCACCGGCGGGUCCAAUCCCGCCAUUUGCAAGC